GUGGAUAUAUUUGUAAAAAGUUAAAUGCACUUCACUUACCAUUUGGCCUUUGUGCUUUAAUUUUUUUGGCCUUUUGUGUCUUAUUUUUCAACUCAUUGUCCCAUGAAAUAAAGUUAAGGCAAGAAUAUAAGGAGAGUAGGCCACCAUGAUAUACUCUACUCUACUGCAAUAUUAUUCAUCACUUGAAGAGUAUUUUUCUUCCAUCUCUUACUAAAUCCAAAUGGAAUAUGAAUGUAGCCCUCUUACCUGGGAAUUCUAUAACCAUGAUGAGGGAUUGUUAGAGGACUUGAAGCAUUCACUUCUUUACACUACUUUGGAGCUAGAAGCAACUAUUGUUUCAGCUAAGGAAGAGAUUACAAGAAAAGAAUGUGAAUUGAUUCAUGCCAAUGAUCUUUUGAGCAAAGUUAUCAAAGAAAGAGAUGAAGCUAGAGCAAAAUGCCAGAAUCUAAUGCUUGAAAAACAAGAGUUUCAAAUAGACAACAAAUCAGGAAGUGAAAAUGAGUAUUCAACACAAAAUGCUUCUUCUGAUUGUGAAGAAAAUAGUUCAACCACACUUCCAACACCAUUUCAAGCAGUGUUAGAAUUAGCAGAAAAGAAACCAUUGCCAGAGAAAGGGAAACUUUUGAAGGCAGUGGUAGAAGCUGGACCAUUGUUGCAGACUCUUCUUCUAGCUGGACCAUUGCCACAGUGGCAACAUCCACCUCCACAACUCAACUCUAUUGAGAUUCCUCCAGUUUCAAUUUCAUCUCCAAAUUCUUCCUCUUUAAGCAAGAAAAGGGAUCUUGUAUUCUCUUCAGGUUCUGAUUUUCCUGUUUCAAAGUGUAGAAAAGUUGUUCACCACUCACCAAUAACACCUACCACUGCCUCAAAUCAUUUCCUACCACAUCCAUCAUUUUCAUAAAGUAGUGUUAGAAAACUUACUUUAACACUCUUUUUCUAAUACUCUCUCGGUGAAAUUCAAUGAUGAAAACCUACUUGAAUUUCAAUUUUUGAAGUUUGAUUUGUUAAUGUAAUUGUUUUAUGGAGUUACAAAUCUGUAUUGGAAAAUCUCAAAUCAAUGAUAAAGAUAGUUACCA